AUGUUCGAUCCUUCGAAGGAAGAAUGGAACAUGUUUCAAGUGAGGUUCCUCGCUGCUAUUCGGGUAGGGAGAGUUACCGCCGACGCCGACAAGAGAGAUCUCCUCAUUUCUUCGUUGAGCCCGGAAGUUUUCAAGCGCCUGUACAAUCUACUGCAACCCAAGGACGUUAUGGAAGUUUCUUCCAGUGACAUCAUGGCAAAGCUGUCGGAACAUUACACACCGAAGCGGUUCAAAGAAUUUGAGCGUUUCAAGCUUUUCUCGUCUCGACAGGAGGAAAACGAGUCGGUAAAGGACUUUGUGGAGAGACACUCAGCCAUUGUUGGCCGCUGCGAAUAUGAAGGCGAGAGGGACACCCGGGCUUGCUCGUUGUUGACAGCCUUCAUCGUUGGCUUACGGGAUCCGAGGGUGCGAGCAAGACUUGUCCUGGAAAAAGUGUUGACGUUGGAGUCAGCCAUUCGCUUGGCGGAGAGUUCGUUGGCGGCAGAAGCAGAGUCACGCCAGCUUCAUUCUGAAGUUCCUGUCCACAAGAUUGCGGGACCAGAGACCGUCCGUCGCAGGUGUUUCCGCUGUGGGAAUACCAACCACGAACCCGAUGCAUGUAGAUUCAAGAACGAAGAAUGCCACUCUUGCGGGAAGGCUGGUCAUAUAGCUAAGAUGUGUCAGAAUGGACGUGCAUCGAUGUCCACCGGGAAACACAAGCCCAAGCACUCGAGCAGAGUCAAGCUAGUUACGGACGUGUUGCUGGCAGAUGAACAGGACGGACGAUAUCUGACUUGUAACCUUUUGGGCAAGGAUAUCACACUGCAAGUGAAUACUGGGUCACGGGCCACGUUGCUGGAUGACCGCACGUUUAUAAAGCUUGGGAAGCCGAAGCUAGAGUCUUCGCCGUAUCGACUACGCGCGCUCUUCCGCCCUGGCCUCGGAAGGUGCACCAAGUUGCAGGUCCAUCUUCAUGUACGUGAGGGGGCACAACCGAAGUUCUUCAAACCACGCCCUAUACCUUUUGCCACAAGACAGGCAGUAGAGACCGAUUUACAACGUCAGGUGAAGAAUGGAGUGUUGCAACCGGUGGAGGUAUCAGAUUGGGCGACACCAAUCGUGGUUGUGCCCAAACCAAACGGGGCCGUCCGUGUCUGCGGAGACUUUAGUGUCACGGUUAACCCGCAGCUGGCCAUUGCACAAUAUCCCAUUCCAAGGCCGGAAGAGCUCCUGGCGGUUCUCAACGGCGGUGAGAAAUUCACGAAGCUCGAUCUCUCACAGGCAUACCUUCAAAUGGAACUCGACGAAGAAGCAAAAAAAAUGCUGGUUAUAAAUACGCACAAGGGUCUCUUCCAAUUCAAUCGUAUGCCUUUCGGGAUAGCCUCGGCACCUGCUGUUUUCCAGCGCACGAUGGAGCAAGUUAUCUCAGGACUGCCGUCUGUGGCUUGCUAUCUCGACGACAUUAUUGUCACGGGCCGUAACGACGAAGAACAUCUCAGCAAUCUGUCUAAGGUCCUAGCAAGACUGCAAGAAUUCGGAUUCACUCUGAAGCGGGAGAAAUGUGCUUUCCUGCAAACCCAAGUGGAGUAUCUCGGUCACAUCGUGGAUGCCGACGGAUUUCGGCCCUCUCCGAAGAAGGUGUCAGCGAUCCUUAACAUGCCACCGCCCAAUCAAGUAUCAGAACUACGUUCCUUCUUAGGCAUGGUUCAGCACUAUGGCAAAUACUUGGAGGGCCAUGCGGAUGUGUGUUCACCUUUAAAUGAUUUACUCAAGAAGGGAGCGUCGUGGUGUUGGACUUCUGCGUGCGUCGAAGCCUUUGAGAGCAUCAAGAGCAUGCUAGCAUCAGCGAAGGUAUUAACACACUACGAUCCCACUAAGGAAAUUUUCUUGGCAGUCGACGCGUCUUCCAAAGGUCUCGGAGCAGUUAUCUACCACCGGCUCCACGGGGUAGACAGACCAAUCGCGCACGCGUCAAAGACACUCACAGUUGCAGAGACAAAGUAUGCCCAAAUUGAACGAGAGGCCUUGGCCAUCAUUUUCAGCGUUAGGAAAUUCCACCAGUACCUGUGGGGCCGGAAAUUCGUGUUGUACACCGACCACAAGCCCCUUACGGUAAUUUUUGGGCCAUCAAGAGGUAUCCCUGUAACGACAGCAAGCCGGUUACAGCGUUGGGCACUCAUCCUAAUGUCCUACAGUUUCGACAUCCAGUUCAAGGGAUCGUCUAAAAUUGCGAACGCAGACGGUCUCUCCCGGCUUCCGGAAGGACCGGACCAUGAAUUUGACAAGGCUGCAGAAGAGGGUGUUUUCAGCGUUGGUACGGACGAAAUUUUUGCGGUCCAAGAUUACCACAUGUCAACCCUUCCAGUGACGGCUAAGGACAUUGCCGCUGCCACACUUGAAGAGCCCAUGCUAACAAAGGUAGCGAAAUAUGUUUCACGUGGAUGGCCAGGUCAUGUUGCACCGGAUCUAUCCCCGUUUUACCAGCGGCAGACGGAGCUAACGAUGCACAAGGGCUGCAUACUUUGGGGAAUGCGCACAGUUGGGCCAACCAAGUUGAGGCACAAACUUCUGGAUAUUCUGCAUGACUGCCAUAUCGGCCAAUCGAAAAUGAAGAUGCUUGCUCGUUCGUAUAUUUGGUGGCCUGGUCUAGAUAAGGACAUUGAAUCCAGGGUCAGGAACUGCGAGCAGUGCUCGGCAGUGGCUGCGCAGGAGAUCCCUGUUCCCUUACAUCAGUGGGAGCAACCUGACAAGGCGUGGCAUCGUCUUCACGCGGAUUUCGCAGAGCUUCAUGGGAAGCACUAUUUGAUUGUUAUUGAUGCCUUCAGCAAAUGGCCCGACAUCAUCCAGAUGACUGACAAUGGACCGCCAUUCACAAGUCAGGUCUUCGAGGAUUUCUUCAAACAACGAGGAAUACACCACGUCCUCACUCCGCCAUACCAUCCGCAGUCAAAUGGUCUGGCGGAGAAUUUUGUGAGAACUUUCAAGACUGCUCUACGUCGGUUCGAAGAGGGAGGUGACACGGACAAACUUCGUGACUUUCUUUUUAAAUACCGAGUGACCCCGCAUGUCACCACAGGCCGCCCUCCUUGUGAGCUGUUGAAUAACAGACACUACCGUUCUCUACUUGAUCUCGUCCGUCCAUCUGAGGUGACGUGUUCUGGAAGAGAUAGUCUGGCACGGGAGCGUCAAAAGCGAAAUUAUGACAGACGAACUCAGGACAGACAGUUCUCUGUCGACCAAGGAGUCUGGAUGUUGGACAACUCCAAGAAGGGACACUGGAAGACAGGGACGAUUGUGAGCAAGCAGGGCUCCGUCAUCUUUACGGUGAGAGAUGCCUCUGGGAAAGUUCACAGAGUCCAUAAAGAUCAUCUGAAACGGAGAGAAACUGUGGAGUCCUGGAGAUGUUCGAAGAACAUUCCCGCUUCCGAUGUACGAUGUCGCCCUGCAGCGAUUGACGAUCCUAACGAAGAGUUUCCCUUGCCGUUUCCGGAAGUGGAAGGGACGUCAAGCGAGACCUUCUCGCAGCUUUCUCAUUCCGACCGCCCUCAUAUCUUAUCGACAGAAGCGGAUCACAACGUCAGUCGCGCUUCGACGGAGCGUCCGAGCGCCGUCACGGGCAGUCGUCGCUACCCGUUACGCAGUCGUCGUGAACCAGACAGAUACGGUGUUGCUUAA